GCGCACAAGUUUCCACGAUAGAGGCUCUCCGAUAUCAACGGCAUGCUGAUAUAUGUCACUUAAACAAACAAACAAACAAACAAACAAAACCAGGAAACAAAUCAGUUUUAAUAUGGAAAGCGGGGUGCAGUGUGGGGGAUGAUGUUGGCUUUUGGCAAAAUUACAAACAAAACAAAACAGUUUGCAGCGCUUUUGACAAACUUCCACGCACGUUCAAAACAACAAACAGCCUCUAAGAAAGCAUUUUACCUUAUUGACUCUUUUUUGUUUGUUUGUUUAUUCACAAUGUGUACAGGUAACACAAUAAUGUGACCAUGUUGAAGGGUUAACUAGAAGAGCUCACACAGACUGCAGCUCCCCGCCAGGUGUGUCCAGGUGAUCACAGAUCAACAAUAAGAGAACAGAACACCUGCAGGGACAGUGUGUAAUGUAACCAAUGAAUAUACUCUGUCUGUAAUGCAUGCCUGGCAUUGUUGACUCCUACUACAGUGAGAUCAGUCCGGUUUCUUCAGACUCCUCACGUCCUGAUAUUAUCACAGUAACCAAUUCUUCUGGGGGAGUAAGAACCAUUGUGCAAUAUCCGAACACGCCCCCUUUUUUCUGUCUGUGAACGCGCACAGCUUCAGACAUCUUAAUCACCGCCACAGUGCCAAGUGUCACCACCUGUCAUUCAACCAGUGUGUUUACCUGGACCUUCCUCGAUAACCAGGAGUUAAAUCAGAGCAGGUUAAAGUCCCUCAGGCGGCUCGGCUCGACGUCGUGCAGAACAGAUGACGCACCACGUUGGCACGCUAUGAUUGGCUGCCCGUCGGAAGGCGCGUGAACGUGUUUACGUGGCAGGUCGCCAGCUUUUGCUUGUGCCAGUGUUUGUAGAGAGGGACAUCUAAAGAAAUACACGUAAUCAGAUGAUUUAUAGAAAAAAAGACGUAAUCAGAUUACAGUUAUAUGUAGUUAAAAAUGUGGAUUAUUCAGAAGGAUUUAAAUUUUUUUCUUUAAAAAUGCAGAGCAGAGGAAACGUUUUUGAUGCUAAACAUGUUUUUCCAUUUCCAUUUCCACCUUUUCAAAGGAGAUGACAACCAAACACUACUGACAAGCCAGAAUGGAGAAACAUACAGCAGUGUCGUUGCCCCAGGAUGCCAUGUUUACCCAUUCAACUUUCAGAUCCCGUUCCAGAGUAUGCCCUCCUCCUUCACGGGUUCUGUUGGUAAAAUCGUGUACUCACUGGAGGCCAGGCUGAGCAGAUCAAUGAGGAUCGACAAGAAAGAUUCAACGAAGAUCAACUUUGUGACGAAAGCAGACCUGAGCUGUGACACUGGGCUAAUGACACCACAGCACGAGUCUAAGGAUAAGAAAAUGAAAGUCUUCACCUCAGGAACAGUAGCCAUGGAUGUGAAUCUUGAAAAAACAGGCUUCUUCCAAGGAGAGGAUUUAAAAAUUCUGGCCUGCAUUGAGAACAACUCGUCCCGUGAGAUCAAGCCCAAGUACUGUGUGUACAGAAAGCACAGCUUCUUUGCAAGAGGGAAGAGAAGAGUCCACACUAAAGACCUCUUAAAGGAAGUGGGAGAGACCAUCCCUCCUUCUGCUAAUGAAAAAGUCACAAGAGUCAUCACCAUCCCCCAUGAUAUGGAGCCCUCCAUCCACAACUGCAACAUCAUCAAAGCGGAGUACAGACUCAGGGUCUACCUCGAUGUCAAAUAUGCUUCAGACCCAGAAAUCAAAUUUCCCAUAGUCAUCCUGCCGGCCACUCAGGUUCCUGGUAUGGCACCACCACCUGCUGCUUCUGACUUUGGAUUUGAACCAUUUGGGAACACAAACCCACCAGCAUGGGGCGUACCACUGCAACCACCAACAGCACCUCAACCUUUGGAUGCCCCACCUCCUUAUGGAGCAUAUGGAAUGUACCCUCCUUUGACAGAUUUUGGCAAAAAAUAUUAGUGACAGGCCUGUGAGGAUAGCUGGACAGACACUUGGCUAUCCUGGGUUUUGUUUUUUAUGCAUCUGUAUUUUUUUGGUUACAGCUACAAUAUUUAAUUGAAAAAGCAAGGUUUUUGUUAUCGAACCCUCUGGUCAGAGUAAAACCACCACUAUAUAUGCCCUGUGUUACAUAGUUACUUUGUCCUGUAUACAGGGUAGUGUUAGUGUUAUGUAUUGGACAGUAGUCAGUAGUAUAUUUUCCAGUGUUGACAUAUCACCAGUGUCGGUGCAAGAAACAUGUUUGUUUUGCUGUGUUUUUUUCUGAUCCUUGUAUGAGUUCAGGGACCUGUGUCUUCAUCCCUCCUAAGUUGUAGGAUUUUGCCCUGUUUGUGAUUCUGUGAGGCUCAGAUUAACUUAGGGAGAAAGAAGGCCACAGGAUUUUUUUUUUAAUGUGGCCAAUAUCAAAUUCCAGUUUGAAGAGACCCACUUGACAAAUGUCACUCUAGAAUGAUGUAAAAGUCACAUACAUUUUGAUAUUCAUAUUGCAAGAGUGGCUCAAAUCAGAAUUGAAAAGAUCAGAUUCCAUGUGAUUUGUGCUGUUCACACUGUCAUUAAAAAGACCUGAGUGUGUUUCUAAAGUCUGAACGAAUAACCUUGGUGAUGUCAUUGUUGGUUAACCGUUCUCUGCUCUGUUUUCACUGAACUCUUCUGUGGCCUUAGAAUAUACCUCAAACCGUGUACAGCCUCUUUUUUAAGUGUCUGAUAAUUCAGUACUUGCUCUUGUUUUGUCUUCUGACUGUGUGAGUACAUAGAGGAAAUGUUGAACUGGUAAACAUUGUAGUUUAAACCGGUUUGUAGUUGCAUGCUGAAAGAACUAGCAGUAGGUAAAAGUCACACUCACAUUUUCCAUCUAUGGUUUAAAGCAACAGAAAACGUCUAGUUUCUUUUUAUUUGUGUUAAGAAUGAUUUUCAAAAGAAUGAACAUGGCACAAACUCUGUAAACAUGAAAUGCUUUGGAAAUAAACCACAUCCUUGCUUUUGCCCAGAAA